CACGUCUUGCCACUGGACUUUACGAUAUCUGACGGAACUGCAUCGGCUUAUCAUCACAUAAUAGAGUGACCACCUACAAGCACCGAGAUGUCAACCGCAUCCCUAUCACCAUCGUCGACCUCACCUCCACCAAAUGCAUCGUCAGCCCAACGGACAGCCGAAGCCAAAAGAGCGUUCAACGCUUCAUUAAAUGCAGCUGGCGCGAGUAUAGAUGCCGAGCUAGAAGCUCGUGCAAAGAACAUUCACGCCAACGCCAAAGCUCUUACAAAGCAGGAAGACGAGCUUCGCAAACAGACCAAAGCCGCGGCCAAGGAGAACGAUGCUCUUCAAAAGCUCCUCGACAAGACGAAAAAGGAGGUUCAGAGCCUGGGGGAUCUGGACACUAUGCUGGCGGAUCUUGAUGCUGAUAUGGCUAUGAUGGAGGAGACUCUGCGAAUAGCCGAGGAGAGUGAAGGAGAGACCAGCCAUGACGAAGAGCAGCAACAACCUCAGUCUUGAUCGAACAACUACCAUGUCUACUCUACAGGGUCAGAGGUGGAUGCAUUCCGUUUCCCUGCUUUCGGAAUGUUGAUGUGCGUGCUAUUGGAAACAAAGCUGUCGUCUCAGCCUGGUAUGAUGAAGGGUGCAGUGUUCCGUAUAUUCGAUUUGGGAUCUCCAUUCAGGCAUGUACAAUGUUCCCGCUAUGUGGACAGGCUGUUUCAAGGUUACCUAUCAUCUCCCUCCAAAGAUCUCAACCUUUUCUUGUAGCCAUCUGGAGGUGUGGACCUUUAG